AUGCUCUCUUUAUAUAUCCUCUUUUCUAAAUGUGAAACUACAUUCACAUAUGAUCAAGAAACAAGCACAUUAACCGUUAAUGCAGACUCUUACUAUGAUUACAGGAAGAUUGAUGAAAUUUGCCCAGGAAGGACAUAUACUAAAGCUAUUUUUACAGGUACUUACAAAAGAAUCGAAUCUUCGACAUUUGCCAACUCAAGAUCACUUACUACAAUCGAAAUUGGUGAUAAUGUUGAAGAAAUCGGAUUAAAUGUCUUUGUCAACUGCGUUUCCUUACGAGAAUUCAUUAUUCCUCCAAAUGUAAGAUCAAUUGGCAAGUAUUGCUUCAAAGGAUGCACUGGUCUUACCUCUAUAAAAUAA